CCAUUCCAUUUUUCAGAUAGACAGAUAGUAGAAUAUCUGAUGUGAACAGUUGAUCUUUAAGAGAAGUGAAGGAAAGGAUUGCUGUGUCCGGCCUUGGCUUCUGCACUCCUCUUGGAUUUGAAGAUCAAAAUGGCGACCAACGGUGCGCCGGAUAGCUGGGAUGAUGGUGAAGAUAUGAACGAUAAGAUGGCGGCGCUUAAUGUAGAUGCGCCAAGUUUUGUUCCCAACGUGAAUGCUGCGGUUUUUGUGCCUUCCUUUCUACCAGCUGCGGCGGCCUUUGCUCCUGCUCCUACAGCUGCUCCUGUUCCCUCAUCGGCUCCUGAACCCACCAAAUCUCCUGUUCACACUGUCGUUGAUUUACCCCAGAAAAAGGAUUCUGAGCCGUCGCCUACAGAGGAGAAUACUGGUGCCGAUUCAUGGGAAGAUAAGGCCGAUAUGUCAAGUUCAGCCACAACCCCUGAUGAUGAAGAUUCAAUGGAGAUUGACGAGAGUGGAACCUCAAGAAAGACUCGUGUGAAGCAGAAGGCCAAGACACAGGAGGAGGUGACUACAGACAAGGAACAUGUCAACGUCGUCUUCAUUGGACACGUCGAUGCUGGUAAAAGUACUAUUGGCGGACAGAUGAUGUUUCUGACAGGAAUGGUGGAGAAGAGAACAUUGGAGAAAUAUGAAAGAGAAGCGAAGGAGAAGAACAGAGAGACCUGGUAUCUCUCAUGGUGUAUGGACACAAACUCGGAAGAACGUGAGAAAGGAAAGACGGUUGAGGUUGGUCGGGCAUAUUUUGAAACUGACCAAAAGCACUUUACUAUCCUGGAUGCCCCCGGGCAUAAAUCCUUUGUCCCGAACAUGAUUGGCGGAGCGUCUCAGGCAGAUCUCGCUGUGCUCGUCAUAUCCGCCAGGAAGGGAGAGUUCGAAACUGGGUUCGAAAGAGGGGGCCAGACCCGGGAGCAUGCUAUGUUGGUGAAAACUGCUGGAGUAAAACAUCUUGUUGUUUUAAUAAACAAAAUGGACGAUCCCACCGUCAACUGGGAUGUCAAGAGGUACGAUUACUGCAAAGAUGCUCUAACUCCUUAUCUGAAGAAACUAGGAUUCAACCCAUCUAAGGAUAUCAUGUUCAUGCCUUGCUCUGGACUGUCAGGUGCUGGUUUAUUGGAACCUGUUGGGUCAGAGGCGCCCUGGUAUACAGGUCCAUCUUUCAUCCCAUAUAUUGACUCCCUGCCGACCCUACUAAGAAAUGAUAAUGGUCCUUUCAUGAUGCCUAUAGUAGACAAGUACAGUGAGAUGGGUACAGUUGUAAUAGGAAAAGUGGAGAGUGGAAAGUGCAAGAAAGGCGAUCUGUUGUUAGUUAUGCCUAAUAGGGUUGAGGUGAAGGUUGACCAGCUCUGGUCCGACGAUAUUGAGGUUACAGGAGUCACCUCAGGAGAAAAUAUUAAAGUCAAGGUUAAAGGAAUAGAGGAAAACGAAGUAACCCCGGGAUUCGUACUCUGUGACCCCCAAAACCCAAUUAAAACCGGAACCGUCUUUGAUGCACAAAUUGUGAUGCUGGAUCUAAAAUCUAUCAUCUGUGCUGGAUAUUCUUGUAUUCUUCACCUUCAAGCAAUGUCAGAAGAGGUAACUAUUAAAGCCCUGAUUUGUCUGGUGGAUAAGAAAACAGGAGAGAAAUCUAAAACAAGGCCGAGGUUUAUUAAGCAGGACCAGAUCGCUAUUGCCAGGUUUGUAUCCAACCAUCCGAUCUGUAUGGAAACCUUCAAGGAUCAUCCACAGCUUGGCAGAUUCACGCUUAGAGACGAAGGAACUACUAUUGCAAUCGGAAAAAUCUUGAAGGUUGUUGAAUAAACACUGAAAUAUCACGAUAUGGAACACCACGGAAACAAUAGUGAAAUAUAUGUGGGCCCGGCUCAAUCAACGAACACUGCUGCUGGUAACAAACACAUCCUCAAAAUUCAGUUUUUUUUAAAUCCGCAGUUUGAGACCGAGGAAAUCCGCCAAAAUAUAUAUCUCGAAGAAGAUCGCGGAUUUGCACUCGCCUAUUCAGUGAUAUGUUUGGUGACCAACUGCGACCGGAUUCAAAAUAUAGUUAAAUGUGAUUUUUCAACAAUAAUUGUUGGGGAUCAGGGGUCUUGGCUAAUUUUUAUACAGGUUUAAAUAUUAAAAGGGUAUGGUACUGAAUUAUGCUUAAACAAUAUAUCAACCUAAAAACUGUAGUUUUUUUUAACUCCUUGUUCUGGAGGAAUUGUGCUGAAAACUGAGUUUAGUAAAUCCUGUUUCUAAUCUCGUGCUUUUAGUGUCAGAAUAUUUUUGCUAUUAAACUUCUUUACAUAAACUCAUCUCUAGGCGAGAUUUUUUACUUUAUUUACAAUUUUUUUUGUCGAAAAGUAAAUAUAUUAACAGUUUUA